AUGGUUUGCCAGCUUGCGCAGCGGUCUGCGUGCGAGCUCGCGCAGCGGAGUGACCCCAUACAGGGGGUCCUCUGCUUCUUUCUAUUUGACGCGUCCACGACACGGUGGCGGAUGUGCGAAGAUGAGUUCUUCGAACGCAGCGGCCCGAAUAGCCAGGCACGAAUCCGCGAAGAAUACCAGCCAAUUUGGCGGGCUAGAACUGUGCCCUGGUACACCGCAUUGUCCACGGGUAUCACCCUGCAGGCAUGGCCAAGCACAACGACUUGGGCAGUCCGUGGAGCUAACCAACUCUUCAGCACUGCGCAAGUCCGUAAACAGCGGAGCUUGAUUCCCGAUCAAUCAUCGUCCGUUUUAUGCUACUCCUGCGUUUGCUUCUCCCCCCCCGCUGGGCAGCACAUCCUGUCCGAGACCAGCGUGGCGGCGCGUAAGGCUAUAUCGGCGCACCGCCACCGUGUGGCCGUCGACACCGUGUGGCCCGCCGGAGCCCAUGAUUUGUUGCUUGCCAUCGUGUGGCCGUCGCCACCGAUUGUGUGA